AUGUUGUCCAACGGUGGUGUUCGCAACCAAGACCAGUGCCGCUAUUACUGUCCGUUCUCGCUGUACAAGGACAUGACGACCGUUCUUAGAGCGCUGGAGCCGAGUGCUGCCAACCGUUCGUUGCUCUUAGCCUUAGGCGCUGCGUGGGAAAGGGAAUACUCUCGUUUCCGUGGUCUCGUGGAACUACAUGUCGAAAAGGCGCUGAGAGAGCAUAUUCGCCGGAAUAUCCCAAGAGUGUGGAGCCUAGCUGUUCAGAACCAAGGCCUCAGGCAUUGCCCUGUUUGCAAGGUGAGCAUUCAAGGUCAUGGUGUGGUAUUCCUCACCCACUUCCAGACAGAGCACUGGGAUGUGGGCGGAUCCACUCACCCAGACAAGGCCGAGUCGAUGUCUAUAGUAGAUGAGGGUCCACCACAGCUCACUGGAGAUGGCGACAUGUUAGACGACGGCGACCACGCUGGCUCUCGCCUAACUGCCGGGUGA